UCAGGUGUUCUCGGCGACUUGGCUACUUCGCUUCGCUGCGCCGUUGACAUCGCACAGGCGCUCGUCACCCGCAGGUCUGAAAGCAGAGAAGUUAAUCGGGAAGCAGCCAUGACAGCGUUCACCGAGAUGUCCAUGGCGCACGUGGUAACCGUUAUGCUGGUGACAGCAGCGCAUACCUCAGGGCCACCCGCUGUGUCCACGAGCUCUCGCAGAAGGAGCAGUGCAUCGACGACAGCAGCCACAAAAUGCUGACGCACUUCCGUCAAAAGUCCCAAGGCAAAGAUUGCGAGCGGUACGAUUAUCGGCAGUGCGGAGCUGCCGGCACAGCAGUCAGCUCCGCCUUCCUACUCGUCGGAACUUUCCUCCUCGUUCGGUUGUUCGGCACGUCAUGAUCGUCUAUUUUGCUCAUCUGUCCCAGUUCAAGGAAAGAGAGCGUAUGGUGCAACAGCAGCACCCGUCCAACUGUGCAGUCGCACGUGUGCGUCUAAUAUACGAAACCAAAAGUGCAAUUUGAAGGGCCAGAACAUUGUUGGGGGGAGCGUAGCCUACCAUGUGAUUGGUACUCACCCGGUAGUCAACUCACUGUCCUCCUUCUGACCAAUCUGCGCGGAAGAGACCGACGAUCUGGAGAUUAAAUGCCAUUACCGCCCUUCGGACCUUCGCUCACAAAACGAAAGAAAAUGCUUGUGUGUGCACGUCCACGUGGCUUGCCAGAUGGAUUGAAGGUGUCUAAGAAGCAGUUAUGGUUGUGUUUGCAAAUACCUGAUAAGCUGUCGAGUUCCAUACAUUCCAUCUCCCGAGAAAGUUGUCACACCCUCUUGUCUUUUCGUACCGUUUCCUCUGGCUGAUAAUGUUUCCGCGUUUGCUCCACUGUUUUUUCUUAAGCUGGCAGUCUCAAUUUCUCCCAACGAAAGCGCAGCUAUGCAUGUUUACGAUCAACAUUUGUUCGAAGAUACUGGCAAGUACAGAAGGGGAGUCCUUGAAAUUAAUCACUUGAAUCUCCUUUAGCUUAAUAAGCGUAACUUAAGAAUAUGUAUUUCAUGCCUACACCGGUUCCGAAAGGACCACCUUGUGUAAAUAUCCCCAAAACAAGGCUGCUCAGUCCCCCCAAAUGAAAAAAAGCUUAGUUGUUUUGUUAUGCCCUUCCCACGUUCAUCUUUUCAAUUAAUUUUAUUGCACGCCACUAGUACAUCCCCAUAUAGCGGUCUAAUCACGGGUGAGCACUUUGUUUGGCCAUCCUGGCAAAUAUUAAAGUUUAGGUCACACAGGCCACUAGAAUGAGAAACUUCAGAGUGUUUCAAUGUGACAUGUUGGGCUAGUUGGUUUGAGGUGAACAGCGCCGUCCUGUCGUGUUUGCUCCUUUACUCUUGUCCAAGUUUCUUUGUCACUGUUUAUUCCCAAGAUGUUCAGAGUGUUUAUUUGCUGCGAUCAAACUCCCUUUUAUGGUGAACCCGGCGCUCUGUUUCACAAGUUUACGUGCAUUCUUUUUGCCUCUACCUCAAACGCUGGUUAUCAUUUUUGCAAAAAGCAACGCUCGCUGGUACAGUCAAAUCUCUCCAAUUCAAACUCGAGGGGGAAUGAAAAUUUGUUUGAAUAAAACAAAGUUGGAAUUACCGGGAGUUUCCUCCCAUAGAGACGCAUAGGACGGGACCUGCAUGUUAGUUUGAAUUAUCCAUAAGUUUGAAUUAAGAGAGUCUACUGUAUUGCUCCACAAUUUAGCCCAUUGUGUCGCAUAAAGAUGAAUCUCACUGUUGUGCUUAAGUGUUGUGAAAAUUUAUUUGAAGUGUGAUCAUGAGGAACGAAAAAUCAAUACAAAAUAGUGCACCUGAGCCAUGACAAAUAUGAAUCGAGUGGUGCAGUUCAUCAGAUUUUGAUGAAGCUAUAGUCACUGGACGAUAUGAAUGUUGUCUACAAAUGUAUGUCAUUAAAAAAUGCAUAAAAUAAAGUUAAAAAAAAAAAAAA